AUGUCGUACGCCCCACCUUAUGGCGACCCUUAUGCUCGCCCUCCCCAAGAUCGCCCAGCAUACGACCCCUACGGCCGCCCACCUGCUGAUCCUUAUGGACGCCCUCCCUCAGAUUAUGACCGUCCUCCCUACGACGGCGGUCGCCCAGCAUACGAAAGAGGCCCAUACAGCGCACCCCCACCUCAAGCUCGUCCUCCUCCGGGACCCCCGCCUCCCCUGCCCCAAGGCUGGGUUCAGGAAUGGGAGCCCAGUACCCGUCGCGCAUUCUUUGUAGAACAGGCCACUGGUCGCUCCCAGUGGGAGACGCCUUACGGGCAGCCUGGCUACUCUGGCUACAAUGAUGGUUCUCGCAGUGUUCCUCCCCCCGAUGCUCAGGGUGGCUACUAUGCGCCUCCUCAGGGCCCUCCACCUAUGGGUUACGAUAAUAGCCAAGGCUACUAUCAGGGUGAGCCCGAGAAGGAGAAGAAGGAGAAGAGCAAUAUGGGAGGCUAUCUUGCAGCCGGUGCAGCCGGUUUGGCCGUCGGUGGUAUUGCCGGUGCUUUGAUUCAACAUGAGAUUGACGAGGACGAUGAAAAGUCAGAUCUUGAAGAAGCUUAUGAGCAAGGCCGUGAAGAUGCAGAAGAAGCUCAUGAUUCAGACCAUAGUGAUCACAGUGAGCACAGCGAUGGUGGUUGGUAA